GAUGGUGAAAAGGAAGAAAGCCAAAGCAGAAACUACGUCAAGGCAGCGCCUGGACUCCAGCACCACGCCGUUGUCGCUUGGCGGCUUCGACUUGGGCGCCCUGCUGGCGCCGGUGACGCCGGAGGAGUUCCAUGGCCGGAUCUUCGAGAUCGAUGCCCUGCACGUGGCACGGCCCAGGUGUCCUGGCUACUACGCGCCACUGGAAGACUUGUCUUCUCCCCAGAGACUCUUCAAGUUGAUGGAGGAUGGCAUCGUGCCACUCUACCGCAUCAAUAUGUUCCGCUGCAUCGAUGGCCGCACCAAGGAGACCCCACCUCCGCCCAGCAGCAUUGAGGAGGUGAAACGACUCUUCAAUGAAGGCUGGAGUAUCCAGUGGCUGCAACCACAGCAUGAGCAUGAUGCGCUCAGCACCCUGGUAGCCACUCUGGAGUCGCAGUUUGGAUGCUUGGUGGGGGUCAAUGCAUAUCUCACCCCAGGGGGUGCACAAGGCUUGGCACCUCAUUGGGAUGAUGUGGAUGUGUUUGUCCUCCAGCUGGGCGGUUCCAAAGCCUGGACCUUGCACCGGCACAUGACCAGCUCCCCCUUGGCGCCGGAGCAGCAGACCCUGCCGCGCUACAGCAGUGGCGAUUUGGACCCAGAGUCAUUGUCCGAAGCGUUCAUGCGGCCAAAGUUGUUGGCUGGUGACCUGCUGUACUUCCCGCGCGGCAUCAUACACCACGCGCCGAACAAGGACAGUUCUUCGCCCUCGGUUCAUUUGACCAUCUCGACCUUUCAGCGGCAGACGCUCUAUGACUUGGUCCAGAAGACCUUCGAGGAGGCCAUGUCCGAGUUGUGGGAAGAGGACGAGACGCUGCGUCGGGCGCUCCCCUGGAAAGCCUUGACCCUUCAGGCUCCACAAAAGGAGAUGAGCGCGGCUGUGGCAAAACAACUCAGACGUUUGGCGGAUGCGGUCGAGGCCGAGUCCGCCACUGAGGGCCCCGGAGCUGUGGCCGCUGCUUUGGGGGAGCUCGGGAUGGAGUUUGUGCGACAUCGCAUGCCCCCGCAGGUGCGAGAGGAUGAGGUCCGCCUGGUUGGGCUGCGCGACGUGGUUUUUGUGGAUGCCUCGGCCGUUGCCUUGCAGCCGAUCUUGGAGGAUGUCGAUGAAGAUGCGGCCAGGAUGCUGCAUUGUGCGAGUAAUGCGCGAAAGAACCACAUGAUGAACCAUCCGCCAGAAACGACAGCUCAAGGUCAUGAGGAGGCGGAGGAAGAGGCAAUGGAAGCAGACGAGGUGCUGCCCGACCCUGGGCAGAUCCUCAGUGGGACCGUGGCAAAUGCCUUGAGGUAUUUGUGCAACUCUGAGCCAAAGACAUUGCAGGAGUUGCUGAAGGAGGCAGAGAUACCAGAGGGCAGCUGGCAGGAGGUCUGCCAAGUGCUCACGCAACUGGCUGCCAUGGGCUUGGCGAAGGUCAAGGAGACGCCGGAAGCGAAAGCAUCGCAGCCGUGCAAGGCGAAGAAACGAAGGAUCAAACAGUGACUGGCGCCGGCAACGCACAAAAAAAA